AAAAUCAUAUAAAUUAGAGCCCUCUGUAUACACAAGAUCAGUUGCUGACUAAUUAUCAAAAGAGAAACUCUUCAGACCUGCGAAAAAAACAAACAAGUUAAAAAUGAGCAAGAUUGAACUGUACGAUGACUUGGAGCUGACAGGAGACUCUGUGUCUAUCGAAGCUGAUAACCCUGACCUGACGUCCACGGGAUUCUUGAAAAGAACACAAUCCCUGAAAGUCCAUGGUGAACCCUGGGUUGUAUUUUCUAAUACAAAUUAUCAGGGAGAUUUCAAAGUCUUCAAGGAAGGGAGUUACCACAAGUUGCCAAACUUCAGCAACGUGAUCAGUUCCCUGAGGGUAGUAACUAGUGGCCUACAGCAACCAAAGAUUAUUGUGCAUGAGCGACCCAACCAGAGUGGGGUCCAGCGUAUAAUCUCCAAUGUAGCAUCCUCACUCGACAGCUUUGGAAUCAGUGGAGUUUGUUCUCACAAAGUGGAGAAGGGAGUAUGGAUCCUUUAUGAUGGAGAGCAAUAUCAAGGUAGCUCGAUAGUUAGUAUCACUGGUGAUAAGGUGGAUGACGAAACUAUUCCAGGACUCAGCGGUAAAGUGAGAUCUCUCAAACCAUACUUGGUGUAUGAAACACCAAACUGAAUACAAGUAACCUGCUGAGUGAUGAAUCGCAGUCUGCCAUUACGCUACCUGCUUAAAGCCUGAGGACUGUGUAAUCAAUAAGCUUGAAAAUUGUCCCAGCAGCUGAUCCGACCACCCCAGAUAUUCACAAACACCCCAAAUAAGCUUUUCACCCCUUUCUUCUAGCAUGGGACCAGAUUACCAGUCUGUCACAUUUUCACGGGGAGACCAUACCUGGGACAUGUCUAGAAGAAGACCAAUGAAGAGAAGAUUUCGGCCCAUGACUGGACAGAUCCAGGAAGAGAUUCCAGGAGGAACUGAAUUAUCUUAACUAACUGAACAUAUUGUGACAUGUCCUCUGAUUUAAUUAUGCUAAUGCAAUAAAACUUCUCAAAAUGCAAC